UGAAGGAUGAGCCUCGGAGAGGCAGCAACGCGCGCGCUGUGUUCGAGAGCAAAACGCCAGAGAGGCAGCUACGAAGCGUAGGAACGCACGUCUCCGCCGGCGACGCGAGCACGGGAUGCCUAUCGUCAACGGGGCAGCCUGAGCAUGGCCUUCCGCCUCUUCAUUGAAAGCAGCCAGGGCAGGCGCCGGGGCCGCCGGCCGCGGCCGCAGCGCAUCGAUGACUACGCGGCGCACUUCCACCACCACCCCUGGCAGGAUGCGCAACUCGCCCUCACGCCGCGGCUGCUGAAGCGGUUGGGUGAGGGCGUCGGCGGCACGGCGGACGACGGCGACGAGAGCAGUGAAGCGGACGCGGAGCGCGCCAUCGCGUCGAACGACUAUGUUGGAAGUGUAAGCGAGGCCCCGCGGUGCGUUGUUUUGAUCGACGCCAGGGGUUGUGUGGAAGAAGCCCUGAAAAAUUGUGAUGUGGGAGCGGCCCGUCGCGUCAUUCUGAGAAUGAGACGUAUUUGUGACGACGCGAAGCUUGGGGAGACGGCCUUGGACGCGCACUGGGAGGCGGACCAGCUCCGGUGUUCCUUCGGGCGGUGUGGCAUCGCGCUCGCGUUUUGUGCGCGCGUCGUCGCCACCGUCGGGCCGGGCUGUCGGGCGGCGCUGCACUUUAGUAGUGAUGCCGUCGCGACGGAGUACCCGUCGGGGCGGCCCCAUGGUGACUCAUGGAACGUGUUAUGUGAGCUCGUCGAAUGCGUCGCAGCGGACGAGCCGCGGUGUUGCGUUUCGGACGCGUUUCAUGAUAGACUGAAGCGGGAAGGCCUCGAUGACGACGGCGAGGCCUGGACGCGCAUCGAAGGAGGUUAUUUAAGGGCGCCCUGGCCCUCGUUGUCGCUGCCUCGCGAUUCGUGCGACGUGGUUCUCUCAGAACCAAUUGAUAGGGUCGUGGUCGUGGCGAUGGUGUACUUCGACGCGUCCUUGAGAAGUACGAGUCGCCUCUACGUCGAGCGGCGCCGGGCGUUAGAUGUCCUGGAAGAGGUGCUGACCUCGAAAGGAGGCAGGCGCGCGGCGGGGUCGGACACGCUGUAUAUUUUCGACGCGUGCGUGUCUCGAGCCUUGGACGCGGUGCUGGCCUCUCGCAAAGCGCUGGAGGGGAUCAAGGUGGGCUUCGGCGUCGCGUGCGGCCCGGUCUACGAGGGGGUCGUGGCCGGCUCAUGUGUGGGUGUGGCCGCGCGGCUCUGCGCCCAGCACGGCGUCCUUCUCUCUAAAUCCGCCGCGGAGGCGUUGGAUCCCGACCAUGUUUCUCAUCUGCGGACGGUGCCCGUCUUCCUCCAGGGCUCAGAUUCUUCGGGCGGCCUGGAGGAGUUCUGCCAGGUCCUCCUGUGAUAGUUUAAGUCUGUUUUGUUGUGUGCUCGGACUCCUCUGGGCUUUGAGAGAG